AUGGUAAUAAGAUCUCUGGAAAAUAGCGUAUUGCAGAAAUAUGAAGAUAAUAUAAUAAUGUAUGCAAGAUAUAAACAGCAAUACUUAUAUGGCCUGGAAUUAGAACUAGAGCAGCAAAAUCAUAAAAGGAUACAUUUCUUAGAUAUAGAAGUCGAAAUAGAAGAAGAAGGACAAAUCGCUACGAAAGUAUAUAGAAAGCCGACGUAUGUUCCGGAUUUGAUACCAUGGUCCUCUCAUGACUCAACAAGCUACAAACUAGCAGCGUUUAGAGCACUGAUUAAAAGAGCAUACACUCAUUGUAGCAAGAUUCAUGAUACACGUAAAGAGCUGGAUUACAUUGCAAAGCUAGCAAGAGAUGUAGGACUUAAGCAAAAUAAAGUAAAAGCAUUAAUACAAGCAGAAAAAGAAGGCAAUAAGAAUAAAGAUAAGAGAGAGAAAAAGGAGUUCACCGUAAUGGAAUACAGAGAACUGUUAAGUAACAUAUACAGAAAAAUAGAAAUAGAAAGCAACAAGAGAAUAGUGUAUAAGAGAAACACGACAAUAUUCCAAAUGCUAAGAAAUGACAAAACACCAGUAGACAGGAGGCUGAUUCCAGGCGUAUACAGAAUACCGUUGCAUGAUAAGAGGCUGAAAAAGAUGUAUUAUAUAGGAGCCACAAAGAGAUCGUUAAAUGAAAGAUUGAAAGAGCACAAAAAGAAUAUAAGAUUUAAACAACCAAUCACAGCUUUGGCUAAUUAUGCAAUUGCAGAUCCAACAGAGAUUGAAAUCAAAUGGAGCAAGGCAGAUGUCAUACAAAAGGUUGAAAAUAGAAGACAUCUAAAAUAUGCAUAA